AUGUCAUCAGGAUAUGAUGAUUGGAAACACGCUGCAAGAGACUUAGCUCGCCAUGAAACAAGUGAAAACCACAUUCAAUCAAUUGAAACCCUUUUAACACGUAGGAAAGCUGGAGAGCACAUUAGUAAGAGGCUCACAGAGCAAUUCGAAUCAGAGAAAAAGUACUGGAAUGACAUACUGUUGGGUAUUCUUACCGUUAUCAAAAUGUUAGCAUCGCGUGGGUUGACAUUCCGUGGCAGUAACGAAAUUGUGGGUUCUGUCCACAAUGGCAAUUAUUUAGGUUGCUUAGAGCUAGUGGCUGAGUUUGACCCAUUGCUUGCAGAACAUAUUCAGAAAAGAGCGAACAAAGGCCAAGGUCAUGUGUCAUAUCUGUCAUCAACUAUAUGUGAUGAAUUUAUUCAUGUGUUAAGUCGUGACGUUUUGGACCACAUUUUAACUGAAAUUAAAGAAGCAAAAUACUUUGCAGUUAGUGUUGACUCAACACCAGAUAUUUCACAUGUAGAUCAGCUUACCAUUAUAUUCCGUUACAUGACUUCUAAAGGACCAGUUGAACGUUUUGUGACAUUUAUCCCUAUAGAAGAGCACACUGGGGAAGAAUUAGCAACAAAGUUACUUGAUUUUAUGGAAAAUACUGCAGUUAGUGUUGACUCAACACCAGGUAUUUCACAUGUAGAUCAGCUUACCAUUAUAUUUCGUUACAUGACUUCUAAAGGACCAGUUGAACGUUUUGUGACAUUUAUCCCUAUAGAAGAGCACACUGGGGAAGGAUUAGCAACAAAGUUACUUGAUUUUAUGGAAAAUACUGGUUAA